CCGCCCCAGCGCGGCUCCCAGCUUGCGAGUCCUCCUCUUGGUCCUUCGAGCAGGGACCCACCGGCCACCCGUCUCGACCUCCCGCCGCCUGCCCGCCCACCAUGGUGCUCUCCGCCGAAGAAUGCCAGCUGAUCCAGUCGACCUGGGCGAAACUCGGCCCUCACCUGGACAAAGUGGGGGGCGAGGCGCUCUCCAGGAUGUUCUGCGCCUACCCGCAAACCAAGACCUACUUCCCGCACUUCGACCUGAGCCCGAACUCCAAGGACGUGCAGCACCACGGACAGAAGGUGGUCAAGGCGCUGGACAGCGCCGUCCAGAACCUGGACAACAUCCGCGGCACCCUGGCCGACCUCAGCGACCUGCACGCCUACAACCUCCGCGUGGACCCCGUCAACUUCAAGUUGCUGACCAAAUGCUUCCACGUGGUGCUGGGCAUCCACCUCGGCGGCGAAUACAACGCUCUGGCCCAUCUGGCCUGGGACAAGUUGUUCUACUGUGUGGCCGACGUGCUGUGCGAGAAAUACAGAUGAGCCACCAGCCCACUGUCCGGCCUGCUGCCCGCUGGGGGCUGCCACCGCCCCGGAGCGCUCUGGGGGCCCCUCCGUUGCCUAACUCUGAGCAAUAAAGCCCUUGAACCGCC